GACGAAGCGAUUUUGCGAGCCGUUUCAGAAGGGACUUCGCCUGUGACAUUUCGAAUGUGCGGCGGCAUCAUGUCGUUUAAGGGACAUUGCAAUCCUCUGCUACCCUGUGAAAUAGCCAGGCGUGUGUAUUCUGGGAAGCGGGCGUUGGGGGCUCUGUAAGGAAGGCUACGGUAGUGAUGCUUCCUGUCCGAGAAGCUCUCUGCAUCUAGCAAUUCUGUUUAUGCAUUGCGCAUCUGCUUGUUUUUCCACAGCGCAUUUUGGACAGGCAGGUGAGGGGGGUUAUGAGCUCUGCAUUCCUGUGAGGAUUUAUCAGCGGUUACCGGUUUCCCACGCAAAGUCGUAAAUUGCUGCAGUCGUGACGCUGGACUAGGGUACUGUGCGCGCCGCAACGAUGUUGCAGAUCGAAGACGGGUUGGCUUGCUUCACGGUGGUGUUUGUUCUGGUCCUGCUCGGAACCAGGAGCGCAGUAUGGUCCUCCUUAUUCACCGCUUCCCUCUACGUCUUCCUGGUGAUGUUUCGGUACCCGCAAGUUCCGUCUUUCCGGGCGAGACAGGUGUUACGGCCCAGUACGGGUUCGGGCGGUGGAAUCGCUGUGGUCGCGCACAGAGGAGGGGGACACGACGCUCCGGAGAACACCCUUGCAGCGAUCCGAGAGGCCCGCAGGAAUGGGGCCGCAGGGGUGGAGCUGGACCUGGAGUUCACAGCCGACGGGGUUCCGGUUCUGAUGCACGACGAGACGGUGGACCGCACCACCAACGGGUCAGGACCGGUGAGCAAACUGCGCUUCUACGAGCUGCGGAGGCUGGACGCCUCGGCCAAGCACAGGCUCAGGGAGAAGUUCCCAGGAGAGAAGGUUCCCACCCUACAGGAGGCGGUGGAGGAAUGCAUCAGACACCAGCUGACCAUCUACUUUGACGUCAAAGGUCACCCGGACGAGGCGGUAGCAGCUCUCAGGGUAAUGUACAGGAAGCACCCAGUCCUUUACAACACCAGCAUUGUCUGCUCGUUUGAACCCAAAGUCAUUUACAAGAUGCGGCAGGCGGACCCGGACGUGGUGACGGCGCUGACCCACCGGCCCUGGAGCCUGAGCCGGCUGGGCGACGGCACCCCCCGCUUCGAGUCGCCGUGGAAACACCACUGGAUGCAGGCGCUGGACGUGCUGCUGGACUGGGCGCACCACCAGCUGCUGUGGAACCUGUGCGGGGUGUCGGCCUUCCUGGUGCAGAAGAGCUUCAUCUCCCCGGAUUAUGUGCAGUACUGGGCACAGAGGGGGGUGGAGGUGGUGGGGUGGACAGUCAACACGGCCGUGGAGAAGCAGUUCUUCCAAGACGUGCUGAAGAUCAGCUACAUGACAGACUGCCUGAGAGAGGACUGCAGCCCACACUACUGAUCACAGCAAAAUGCUGUAAGGACAGGAAUACAUGCACACACACACACACACGAACCUCCAGAUACACAAACAA